CUGAUAUUACAUUUUUUUAUUUUAGUAUAUCAAUAAUUUAAAAAAAUUAUACAUUAUGAUUUAUGAAAAACUAUUUUUUGUUACAUUGAUUAUUUGUCUUCCAGAAUUUUCUAAGCCAUUAUCAUUUGUCAUUGAAGAAAUAAAAAAUGAUGAUAUCACUCAAGAUUUCGUUUUAAUGCUUAAUCAAAUUGAAUCUAUAGUAAGUCCAAUUUUAUUUCCAGAAAAAGCUCUAAGUCUAUUUGAUGAAGAAGAGGUUGAUGCUUUAUUAAAUAAAACCACUAAGAUUCCGCGUAGUAUUAUUGAAAAAUUAAACCUCUUUAGAAAUAUUACAAAAGCUGAACAGCUGAGCAUAGAAAAAAAAUUAAACGUGAAAGAAAAGUAUGAAAACAAAAUAAUAUCACUGCAAUGUAUUAAUUUUUUAAUUUUAAAUGCUAUUAUCUGGAAUGUAAAAAAUUCAUUGUUAAUUAAUGAAAUGCCAAAUCCAGAUAAACUAGAAAUUUUUGAAAAAUAUAAAAUGUAUUUAUCUCGUAUGUUGUCUAUAUUAUAUUAUGGCCGUAUUAGAGCCAAUAGAUGGCAAACUGAAUUAUAUACUAUAUUGGUCAACAUAGCAGAUACAGAGAGGAAUGAAAUUAUAAUGAAAAUAAAAUUUAUAAAAAAUUCACUUUGGCAGGAAAUUGAUAGUAAUGUUAAUAUGUGUAUAAAGAAAAAUUUUAUUCCGAAACAUGACAGACGAUUAACUAAAGAUGAAUUUUACAGUUCUUAUAAAGUUUUUGACAUCAUCGAACAGUUGUAUAACAAUGAAGAAAUGAAUCGAGGAUAUAUUUAUGAAAAAAUGUUUAGUAUNCCGGGGCUAUAUUUAUGA